ACGCUCCUUGCGCAGCCCAACUUCGACAUCCUGCACCUCGUCGUCGCCCUCCCCGUCCGCCUCUUUACCGAGGCGAGCAUCGCUGUCGGGCAGGAGACGUGGACCUGGAUCGCCGACGCCCGACCCGAGCUCGAGGCGCGCGUCGUCGCCGAGGUGCUCGAGGCGUGGGCGGGCACGAUCGAGUCGCAGCAGGGCCUGUUCUGCAAGAAGCUCGACACCGACACGCCGCUCAACCAGGAGACGCAGUACACGCCGACCGACAAGGACGAGCUCACGCGCAACUACCUGAUGGCCAACCGCCUGUACUCGCCGAUGCUCGCCCUCCUCGAGUUCCUGUCGAGCCGGUUCCAGGCGUUCCGGUACCGCAGCGCCGAGCUCGUGCACGCGAGCCUGCUCUUCUUCGUCCGGCUCGUCGCAGCGCACAAGUCG